CUUAAGUGCCACUGCGAUCAGAAGAUCAAGAAGUUGUCGCAGAAAAAAACACAGAAACAAUCACCUUUUUUCUCUCUCCGGCAGCAGUGGACUACGAACCAGACGGUGAUAACAAGGAUGCACAUCAGAACCACGUUCCUUGUCAUCUUGUCUAUUUGUCUGGCGGCAGGAUCGUGCCGGCGUUCUCCUAGACGGAACCGAAGCAAGGACCGCGCCAAAGAUGCAGCGCGGAUCGACGACUCUCAAGGCGUGUGCGAACUUGAAAUAGCCUGCAAGGGCGAGAAGAACAUGCCCCUCAGUCUGCCCAUACGAGGGCCGAAAGGUCCACCUGGGAGCCCCGGGGAACCUGGAAAACCGGGGGAACCUGGGAAACCCGGCUUGCCAGGGGUGGCUGGUAAAGACGCACCGCUCCCUGCUAAAGUUGCAUUCUUUGUUGGAUUAAACGACAACCGCGGUCCGUACAAGAAAGACGUCGACCUGCUGUUUGACAAAAUCAUCACUAACGUUGGCGGGGCGUUCGAGACGGAGUCGGGCAAGUUCACAGCUCCGUACAAUGGGACGUACCAGUUCAACGUGGUCGUCGCGGCGCAGGGCAGACACCGCGCUGCUGUAACACUGGUCAGGAAUGGAGACAGUAUUGCGACGAUCUGGGCGGAAAGUGUUCCCUAUUGGGCCUCGGCCUCCAACACCGCCAUCUUGAAUCUGAAAGAAGGUGACAAAGUGUGGCUCAUCCUGCAGGCUCGGGCGUCAGCUAUCCAUGGUUACAUGUACUCGACAUUCUCCGGCAGUUUACUCUUCCAGGACUGACCUAGUUGGAACCUGUGUUCACGGAAAGGCGUGCUGACGGUGUAAAGACGGCAGUAACUGUUGUAUACUAGCGAUGCCCAGACUUCUGUUAUCGAACUGUUAUUGAAUUACGUACAGGACAUUAGUGAAAUGUAAUGCUAUAGACAUGGUGUACAUGAUAUAGACAUACGAUGCGCUAACUUUGUAGACCUGGCUAGAUGUACAGUAGACUGCACUACAAAUGACACAGUAAUUAUAUCGAUACUACAUACGACACGACAAUGUUAAUGAUGUCGAUAUACAUGACACUACAAUACACUGGACACGCUAUAUUACAGACAUGACUGUACAUCACCCUGCGACACGCUAAUAUCAUAGACAUAUGACAUAACGUUAUAGAUAAACUAUACACAACACACUAAUGUUAUAGACAUUGAAGUACAUGACAACAUACUACAUACAAGUUGCUAAUGUUAUAGACACUGAAGUAUAUAACAAUACACUUUGUCAAAGAACUAAUGUUAUAGACAUUGAUGUACAUGGCGAUACACUACAUACAACUCGCUAAUGUUAUAUACAUCGCAGUACAUGACACUAUAUACUACAUACGAAGCACUAAUGUUAAAUACAUUGAAAUAUAUAAUAAUACUUUGUUAACGCACUAAUAUUAUAGACAUUGAAGUACAUGACAAUACACUACACUAGUGUUAUAGACAUUGAAUUGUAUAACAAUACACUUUGUCAAUAUGCUAAUGUUAUAGAUGUUGAUUUGCAUGGCAAUACAUUAUAUACGACGCACUAAUGUUAUAUACAUCGAAGUACACGACACUAUACAAUAUACAACGCGCUAAUGUUAUAGAUAUUGAAGUACACGACACUACUCUAUAUACAACGCGCUAAUGAUAUAGAUAUUGAAGUACACGACACUACACUAUAUACAACGCGCUAAUGGUAUAGAUAUUGAAGUACACGACACUACACUAUAUACAACGCGCUAAUGGUAUAGAUAUUGAAGUACACGACACUACACUAUAUACAACGCGCUAAUGUUAUAGAUAUUGAAGUACACGACACUACACUAUAUACGUUUUAAACAAUUCGUUGUAAGAUGAACGGUAUCUACCGACCGCUCAUCUAGUAUUUUCUUUAUCUUUUUGAGGAGAAAACCUUCUUGUACGUGUUCCAUGACUCCAUUCUAUUGUCGCUAAACUCAGUUUAGGCUAGACAUGGUCGUCUUUUGUGUUUUAUUUUAUCCCAGAAUAAUCACCAUUCCUAUCACUAACUACAUAUCUGUGUUAUUAGUUGUAAUAAGUGCAACACACAGCCUACACGGUUGAGGUCUCUACAUCACUGUUAUGACGUGUUGAUGCCUUGAUUAUAUCAAAAAUAAGAGUCCAUAUUCUUUCGGCAGGCAGCAUACGAAUAAAUCAUUACGCAUAACAUUUAUUUAAAGAGAAUCGGUUAUAAUGAUUUUAUGCGCCAUAUUCUUUAUUUCAGGUACCCAUAUGUUUAAUAAAUGUUUAACACAGCCAACAAUUUACUUAAUAGAUUAGUAACAAUAUAGCACUGUUUGAAUAAAAUGAAUUUUUGUCAAUCUUUCACGCAUUUAUCGCUACAAACAUAUUCCCUUGGUCAGACAGCAGAUGCAAGUGUGCAAUUUUGGCGCCAAAACCAGUUACCGAUUUUCUUUUAACUACUUUUUUUUAUUUAGUGUUGAUUAUUUUGAAUUACUAGUAAUUUAGAAAGUAGUAUUAGAUUGCAGUUUACCUUUACUGACAUUUUACAAAAUUAUAGUUUUCUUUUUCGACAUCAAAAAUAAAAGGAACCUUAUUUAAAAGCGUCGUCUUAAAAGGUUAAAGUGUGUUUUGUUUAACGACACCACUGGAGCACAGUGAUUAAUUAAUCAUUGGCUAUUGGAUGUCAAACAUUUGAUAAUUCUGACUCGUAGUCAUCAGAGGAAAUCCGCUUCAUGUUU